AUGAAUUUUUUCCGACUGAUAGGAGACCUCUCUCACCUCCUCGCCAUCAUUCUCCUGCUCGCCAAGAUAUGGAAGACGCGCUCGUGCGCAGGCAUAUCAGGGAAGAGCCAGGUGCUCUUUGGCUUAGUGUUCAUAACUCGCUACCUGGACCUGGCCACUAACUUUGUGUCAGUGUACAACACUGUCAUGAAGGUGGUGUUCCUCCUCUCCAUACUGGCCACUUGCUACCUCAUCUUCUUCAAGUUCCGGGCCACCUACGACUCCAACCACGACGCCUUCAGAGCAGAGUUCCUUGUCAUUCCCACAGCUGGUCUGGCUGUUCUUGUAAACCAUGAGUUCUCAGUGCUAGAGAUUCUGUGGACAUUCUCUAUCUACCUGGAGUCAGUGGCCAUAAUGCCCCAGCUGUACAUGAUCUCCAAGACAGGCGAGGCAGAGACCAUAACCUCGCACUAUCUCUUUGCCCUGGGGUUGUACCGAGGACUCUACAUCGUGAACUGGGUCUACCGGUACUACACCGAGGGUUUCUAUGACUUGAUCGCCAUCGUGGCUGGAUGUGUGCAGACUGCCCUCUACUGCGACUUUUUCUACCUCUACAUCACCAAAGCAGUAUUAUACGACGGCAGCGAAGAUCUCGACGAAGCUAGAAAUUCUCUGGCACUAGAAAUCAUGGGCUCUCUUCACUCUCAUCCGAGGGUCGUGAGCUGGGCGGCACAGGACGGGAGGGUGGAGGAUCUUGUCUACCAUCUCCAGAAGGGUGGAAAGAACGCCCUCAAACCCUCCGCGCUCUCUCCGAAGCAGAGAGCUCCCAUCCACCUAGCGGCCAUUGGGGGACACUCGCAGUGUGUCAAGGUUCUCUUUGACGCAGGAUCUCCGCUGGAAGUGAGUGACAAGGAAGGCCACACGGCUCUGCAUCUGGCCGUCUCAAAUCAGCACUACCGCACAGUUCAAGUCCUCCUCUCUCUCGGAGCUAAACCCAACUCCAAGACUAGAUUCAACGUGACUCCGUUGCACCUGGCGACGUCGGUGGGCAACACUCCAUGCGUGGAGCUCCUCUUGUCCCACGGAGCUCUCGUCAACUGCCAGGAGUCAUGGGGACAAACUCCACUGGCCAUCACUACCCUCCAGGGCCGACUGGUGACAAUGAGAGCACUGCUGAGUCACGGAGCAGACUCAGAGAUUCGAGACUACCAGCACGAACAGACUCCUCUCCAUAUUGCCUGUGCCAGUAAGGACGAGGCCAGAGUCCUGGUGUUACUGGACGCGGGGUGCGAGGUGCAGGCGACUGAUGGGCAGGGGCACUCCCCUCUCGGAGUGGCUCUGCUGAACAGGUUCUACAGAGCAGUUCCUCUGUUGGUCGAGUACGGAGCCAGAUUGAAUGGCACUGAGAGAGCCUCCGCUGGCCUCCCGCUACUGAACCAUCUGGACAACUUGACCACUGGGACCCCUCUGUCCCUCUCUCGCCAGUGUCGAGUGGUUGUUCGCCAAGCUAUUGGACCAACAAAUCUGGCUAACUUUGACCUAUCAACUCUGAACCUGCUACCCCAUGUGCUGGUGUACUUACAUGCCAUUCUGGAGGUGUGUGAGGAGAGUGGAGAGGUGAAGAGGAGAGCUGUGGAGGGUGUGACUGUCGUGAGACCAAUGAUGGUAGAUAGAUAAAAAAAAGUUCCACUUUUGUGUU